AUGGGGGCUUCGGACCCGGAAGUGGCGUCCUGGGCUCGCGGCGGUGCCGCGGGGAUGGCCGGCGCUGGGGCGGGAGCUGGAGCUCGCGGCGGAGCGGCGGCGGGGGUCGAGGCCCGGGCUCGCGAUCCGCCCCCCGCGCACCGCGCACAUCCGCGCCACCCUCGGCCCGCGGCUCAGCCCUCGGCCCGCAGGAUGGACGGCGGGUCCGGGGGCCUGGGCUCCGGGGACAACACCCCGACCACCGAGGCGCUUUUCGUGGCGCUGGGCGCGGGCGUGACGGCGCUCAGCCACCCGCUGCUCUACGUGAAGCUCCUCAUCCAGGUGGGUCAUGAACCGAUGCCCCCCACCAUCGGGACCAAUGUGCUGGGGAGAAAGGUCCUCUACCUGCCAAGCUUCUUUACCUAUGCCAAGUACAUUGUGCAAGUGGAUGGGAAGAUAGGGUUGUUCCGAGGCUUGAGCCCCCGACUGAUGUCCAAUGCCCUGUCUACUGUGACCCGGGGCAGCAUGAAGAAGGUUUUCCCUCCAGAUGAGAUCGAACAGGUUUCCAACAAGGAUGACAUGAAGACUUCUCUGAAGAAAGUAGUGAAGGAGACCUCCUACGAGAUGAUGAUGCAGUGCGUGUCCCGCAUGUUGGCCCACCCCCUGCAUGUCAUCUCAAUGCGCUGCAUGGUCCAGUUUGUGGGACGGGAGGCCAAGUACAGUGGCGUGCUGAGUUCCAUUGGGAAGAUUUUCAAAGAGGAGGGGCUGCUGGGAUUCUUUGUUGGCUUAAUCCCUCACCUCCUGGGAGAUGUGGUUUUCUUGUGGGGCUGUAACCUGCUGGCCCAUUUCAUCAAUGCCUACCUGGUGGAUGACAGCGUGAGUGACACCCCAGGGGGGCUGGGAAACGACCAGAAUCCAGGUUCCCAGUUCAGCCAGGCCCUGGCCAUCCGAAGCUAUACCAAGUUUGUGAUGGGGAUUGCAGUAAGCAUGCUGACCUACCCCUUCCUGCUGGUCGGUGAUCUCAUGGCUGUGAACAACUGUGGGCUGCAGGCUGGGCUCCCCCCGUACUCCCCAGUGUUCAAAUCCUGGAUCCACUGCUGGAAGUACCUGAGCGUGCAGGGCCAGCUCUUCCGUGGCUCCAGCCUGCUUUUCCGCCGAGUGUCAUCAGGAUCGUGCUUUGCCCUCGAGUAACCUGAAUCACUAUUAACAAAAAACAUGCUGUCUCAGCCUGGCCACGUAGGUGAGACCUGCUCAUAUCGGGGCACCUGCAAGACAAGAUGACUCCAACCCAGCAACAUGGAGAUAUGCUCCAGCCCAGCUGGGUUUCAGUUUCCAUAUUUGCCGUGUGUCUGUCCAGAGGUGGGGUGCAAGGGUGGGGGUGGGGCUGCGCCCAGUAGAUUGAGUCACCUGUUUAGACCUGCAGAAGGUGGGGUAGCAUUGGAGAAUUGGGGCAAACUCCCCUUACUUCCCAGAUUUGCCGAGUCCGCCUGGUCCAAAGGCCCAGAGAACAGCUCGUGGAGGCCCAGGUUUGAUGGGGAAAGGCGAACAGGUUCAGCUCCCACCCCCACUCACACCCGAGUCAGCCCCAGCAUUCAUCCCUCAGCUCAUUUGGGAGCCUCACUCCCACUUUGUAAAUAGGGCGUGAUCCCCUCUCACAAGGCCUCCAUCGUGUCUAGGCCUGUGCUAGGAGGCUGUUGCUAGGAUAUGCCUUCGUUUUUCUCAACACUACUUUUCUGAUAGGAAGGCAGCACCGUCUUUGAAUGGGAAAUCAUGUAACUGCACAGCACGUGUCCCCUUGUCUAAUGCUCGUCUUUUAAUGGUGACGCCUACACGUGCAGGAUCCAGAUCCCUGUCUGGUCGUGGAUUCCUGGAAGUCAUGCCGAUCAGUGUCUCUGGUUUUACCCAGUUUAAAAAUUCAUGAUAAGAUUUUACUUUUUUUCCCUCAAAUAAAUGUACUGUGGUGAUUUGGAGUUUUGUGGGGAGGUUCUUAUUUUUUGUGAGCUUAAAAAACCACCUGCAGUCCUUCUUGCCCCAUCAUGUCCCUGUGAGAGGGGCUGUAAAGUAACAGGGCCAGGGCAGUGUAGCCCGGGGAUGAGCACCGGGGCUUCCUAUAGAUCAGGCUUGGGGGCACACAUUGGUCGAUUGCCUGAAUUCGAAAAGGUCGAGAUGCCAGCAGCAGUUAGUCCAUGGAAGUAGCCUUUUGGUCACCCUUGAGGUGAAGCCUAGGGUGGCAGUGGUUGCCUGUGCUGGGUCCCUGUAGAAGCUCUGUCUCUGUGCCAGCCCACAGAUGUCUGGGAGCUUGUGGCAUACUGCUGGAGGAGACCCCUCCCUACCCUGACCCUUGAGGCCUCUGAGAGUGCUAGCACCCCUGCCCCAUUUGAACAUGUUCUCGUAUCCUCUCUUGGGCUUGUACUGACAUGUCCCCUCCCUGCCAAUCUUAUCAUCACCUGCCCAUUUGUCACAGCCUGGCCUGACUGGUGUGGAACACCAUGACCCACCCUCCUAUUAUUCCCCAAAAAUAAAUUUCCAAAAAGG